CCUUUUAAAUUAGGGUUUGGUCUCCAAACAAAAUGAACAAAAAUCAUUAAAAAAAAAAAAGUUCGAAGUCGGUUACCCCAAUAUGUUACAAAAACAGAGUGUUUAAAAUUAAAAAGAAAAAGAUUUUAGGGGGUAGACUCUUAAAAAAAUUUCAGGCAAAUCCAAGGGUCUCCCUCUUUUCCCCUCACUUUCCCUCCGAACCCAAUAUUUUUUCCCUCUUCUCCUCUUCUCCUUCCAUUUUGUUUAUCUUUGUUGUUCCCUCUCACUGUAAACAGCCACUUGCUCCACUCCAAUCUUUGAAAUUUGGAUUCUUGGCUUCUGCGAUAUUGGGAUUUUACUUGAGCAUGGCUGCUUGGAAUUGUUAGGUGGUGAAAGGCUGGUCCUUUGCAUCUCACUUUUUAACUGGAUGUGCUGAGUCCAGAAGAUCUUUUGGUAGUUGAUGCUAUAAAUGGUUGCAGAUUUUGGAUGAUAGUUGGAAAAUGGAUAGAUAGGUUCUGAAAAUCUCUGCAUUUGAUCUUGAAAUCCUAUCAAUUAUGGAGUGUAACAAAGAGGAGGCUGUCAGAGCGAAGGGAAUUGCUGAACAGAAGAUGCAAAAUGGUGAUUUUGAGGGUGCAAAGAAGUUUGCAUUGAAGGCCCAGAAGUUGUUCCCUGAACUUGAGAACAUAUCACAAUUUUUGACAGUAUGUAAUGUUCAUUGUUGUGCAAAAUGCAAACUAUAUGGGUCAGAAAUGGAUUGGUAUGGGAUUCUUCAGAUUGAACAAUCAGCUGAUGAGAUUUCCAUCAAGAAGCAGUACAGAAAGCUUGCUUUAUUGCUUCAUCCAGACAAGAAUAAAUUUGCUGGUGCUGAGGCUGCUUUCAAGUUGAUUGGGGAAGCAAACAGGAUACUUACAGACCAAAUGAGACGUUCUCAAUAUGAUAUGAAGUGUAGAAUCUCAGCAAGAACUGCACCAAAGCCAACUACUCACCAAUCAAAUAGGGCCUCGUCCUUCAAUAGUCAGUAUGGGUCUACAAACAAUUACCAAAAUGGUUCUUCAAAAUUCACAGCUUCGUAUUCCUAUCAGCAGGCACAACAUUUAACGUUUUGGACAUUCUGCAGUGCUUGUGGUAUUAAGUACCAGUACCACAAAGAUUUUGUAAACAGAUUGUUACAUUGUCCAACUUGUGGAACUUCCUUUAUUGCCCGUGACUUGGGUCCUCAAGGUUUGUCACGAGGAUACCCUGGGAACCAGUUCUCCAAUCAGAAAGAAGUUCCAAAUCAGGGCCCUUGUAAAGUAUCUUCGCAAUGCAAUGGUGGCAAGCCUUCUGGUGUCCACUUUCCUCAUGGAUAUGCAGGGUCAGAUCCUAUUUCAAAGGCACGAAGCUCAGUUCCGGUUGGUGAUUCUAAGAAACAAGAGAAAGUAGGUGUUCAAAUGCACCAGCCUCAUAAGGGUUUUUCAGCUGAACAGAAAGUAGAUGGGUUUUCAAAUGUGAGAGAUGGAAAGAAAGGUGUUGAAAUACCUAAGCCAAAUGCAGCAAAGACCAAGGGGUCAGGAGCUUCAAGAAAUGCCACGAAGAAGAGAGGGAGGAAGUCAAUGGAGGAAUCUGAUGAAAGUUGUGAGACUAGCCAUGGAAAUGAAGUUGAAGAUAUGGUUAGUCAUGAAGAUUGUGGUAAUAACACUAGAAUGAAUUCAAAAGUGAAUGGAGGUCAUCGGCCUAGGAGGUCUUCAAGGGAAAAACGACAUGUUUCUUAUGAGGAAAAGUUGAGUGAUGAUGAUGAUUUUGUAAGCUCUCCUUAUAAAAGAUCCAAGGUAACCACAACACCUAAUGCUAAUGAUGAAAAGGUUGAUGACAGUGUGUCCAAAAAGGAUAAUUCAGUUGGUCCUACUGCUGCUGUAGAUGUAUGUCAGAAAGAAGUCAAACAAAAAGCAAGUGCCUCUCCUGAAGGCACCAUCCCAAACAAGAAGCGGAAAACUGGAGAGUCUGAAGGGAAGGAAGAGGAACCUGUCGUAUUUGACAACAAUAAUGAAGUGUCCCAGGUUGAUGGUGGUUCUGGAUCAAGUAAAAAUGUGAAUCCUUGUCCCCAGGUGCUCGAAUAUCCUGAUCCAGAUUUCAGUGAUUUUGAGAAGCACAGGGCGGAGAACUGUUUUGCUGUUAAUCAAGUAUGGGCCAUAUAUGAUACAUUGGAUGGCAUGCCAAGAUUUUAUGCACGGGUCAAGAAGGUGUUCACUCCUGGUUUCAAGCUACGAAUCACUUGGCUAGAACCUAACCCAGAUGAGGAGAAUCAGCAGAAUUGGGUUGAUCUGGAUCUGCCUGUUUCUUGUGGUAAGUACUGCAAUGGGUCCUCAGAGGGAUGUGUAGAUCGUCUAAUGUUCUCUCAUCGGAUUGAUCCUAUAAAAUCUUUUGGUAAAUGCUCUUUCUUGGUGUAUCCAAAAAAAGGGGAAACUUGGGCUCUCUAUAGAGAUUGGGAUGUGAAAUGGGCUUCAGAGCCAGAAAAGCAUAAACCGCCAUACCAGUAUGAUUUUGUGGAGGUUCUCACUGAUUUUGAUGAGGAAAUUGGAAUUGGGGUUGCUCAUUUGGGCAAAGUCAAAGGGUUUGUCAGUAUCUUUCGACAAACUGAACGAGAUGGGGUUAUCUCAUUUCAGGUGUCACCACAGGAGCUAUAUAGAUUUUCACAUCGAAUUCCCUCAUGCAGAAUGACUGGCAAGGAAAGAGAAGGUGUUCCUCUGGGAUCAUUUGAGUUGGAUCCUGCUUCUCUUCCUACCAACCUUGAUGAGCUGGUUGAUCCUGGUGAUAUGAAGCUGGGUAAUCAUUACCAAGAUAAUGAAGCAAAUUUUUCUUGUCCUAAGUUUCCUCAAAAUCAAGCGAAAGCUACGAUAGAUUCAGAGGAGAAUCUCACUCCAAUGAAGAAUGACAAAAGUGACAUUGAGAGAGAAGCCUCUCCAUUCAGAAGAUCUACAAGGGCAUCAAGUCGUAUGCGCAAGGAUCAUGGUAAGGAGGAUGAUAGUAUCAAAGACAUACAUGAGUGCAACCUCACUCAGCACAAAGAAAGUUGUACUUCAGGUGACACAGGUGAUCAGAAGAUUAACACCCCAAACAAGUGUAAGAAAAAUGAUCUCAAUACAGAUUGCUUAAAACCUCGAAGGUCACCAAGAGAUUUGAGAAAAAAGGUCAGUCAAGUGAAUGAUGCUGUCAAAGACGUAUGUGAUUCCAACUUCAAUCAGCCCAAAGAAAGUUGUACUUCUGGUGACACUGGUGAUCAGAAGAUUAACGCCCCAAACAAGUGCAAGAAAAAUGAUCUCACUACAGAUUGCUUAAAACCUCGAACCUCAUCAAGAGAUUUGAGCAGAAAAGGCAGUCAAGAGGAUGAUAGUGUUAGAGACAUGCGUGAUUUUAAGUUCACUCAACCCAAAGAAAGUUGUACUUCAGGUGACACAGGUGAUCAGAAGAUUAACACCCCAAACAAGUGCAAGAAAAACGAUCUCACUACAGAUUGCUUAAAAUCUCGAAGGUCCCCAAGAGAUUUGAACAGAAGAGGCAGUCAAGAGGAUGAUAGUGUCAGAGACGUACAUGAUUCCAACUUCACUCAGCCCAAAGAGAGUUCUACUUCAGGUGACACAGGUGAUCAGAAGGUUAACACCCCAAACAAGUGCAAGAAAAAUGAUCUCACUACAGAUUGCUUAAAACCUCGAAGGUCACCAAGAGAUUUGAGCAGAAAAGGCAGUCAAGUAAGUAAUACACAGGGAAGUGCUUCCUUCAGUCCGCCUUUGGGUGAUGUGCAUUUAAGUGAGAGGGAUGGUAGCACAAUUGGUGUUACUAAAAGCUCUAGUGUCUCUACACGUGUGUCUUCAGCUCACAGAACUUCAAAAUCAGAGUGCUACAAGUUUAAGAGGGAAAAAUUUGAGGACAAAUUUGAGGUUGAUCAGAUCUGGGCAUUGUAUAAUAGGGAUGGAAUGCCUGAGGACUAUGCUCAAGUUAAGAAGAUUGAAUCCACCCCUGAUUUCAGAUUGCAUGUGACACUGCUGGAGAUGUGCUCAAGGCCCAAAGACUUGGAACUGCCCCCUUCUUGUGGGAUAUUUAAAGUUAAAGGUAGUCAAACCAAAGUUGUCUCCUGUGAUGUUGUCUCUCAUCGAUUAAGAGCUGAACCCAUUGGAAAGAAUAGGUACAAAAUUUAUACUACAAAGGAGGAGGUUUAGGCAGUAUACAAGAGUUGGAAUUAUGCAGAUUCAAACCUGGGUAAGGGUGUAUGUGACAUUGUGGAAGUGUUGGAAGAGAGUGAAAAGAGCAAAAUGUUGUGGUUCUGUCAUGUGUAAUUGGAUCUAAAUCAGUUUUUAGGGCUCCAAGAAGUCAGAGGUCUACAGCAGGUGAUAUUGAAUUUUCUGAGACUGAGUUUGCUAGAUUUUCUCAUCAAAUUCCAGCUUUCCAGCACAGAGGAGAAGAUAGUCACUAGAGAGGCUAUUGGGAGCUUGAUCCCUUGUUCAUUCCUGGUUUUCUUAUUUGUUUAGAGUGAUAUGCUAUAGUGUUUGUUGUAUAAUUAAUUCCCUCACCUUAGUAUAACCAAGAGCUUUUGAGUAUGGACCAUGGGAGAAACUGGAAAGAACCUAGAAGAAACUUGACAAAUUGAUUUUGCCCCCGUGUGUUGGAAACCAUGCAUGGCCUUAACCAUUAACCAUUUUGUUUUGGCCAAAAUUUGAUGUAGUCUUCCGGAAAGCGAACUAAUGCAAAUCUAUGAUCUUUA